AAAGUCGGCCAAAAAGCACGUGUGAAGCGGAAAGUUUGUAAAUACAACACAACAACAACAAUAUGGGCAAACCAACAAAGCAGCAUCGAAAACGGAAAUUCAACUAUGAUCAGAACAGAAGGAAACAAUGGCUGAAAUCAAAAAAGAUGCCAACGAUUGAAUGUAAACAAAUAAAAAAUGCCUGGGACUCGACAAGAUCAGUAAAGGAGAACAUGCAGCAAAUGGGGCUUGCAACUGAUCCAAACAAAACUCUAAAAGUCCCUAAAACUAAGGACUCCUUUGUUACCAGUAUUCCAGGGACCUCCAAAAAGGCAGAGAAGGAAGAAAGAAUCACACCCGUCAAACAGCAUGUGGCUUUGGAGUUGGAGGCAGAGGCUAAUAUUCCCCAGAGGAGACGACUGAGGUUAUCAGAACCAGAGACUCGCUACUGUAUCUACAUGAUGGAGAAAUAUGGCGAGAAUUAUAAGGCUAUGGCCAGGGACAUUAAGAAUUACUACCAGGACACUCCCAAGCAAAUCAAGAGUAAAAUCAAGGCCUUCAAAAGUAUCCCAGAGCAGUAUGGCGAGUACCUGAAAAGUAAGGGAGUGACAGAUGUACAGGCGGAGGAAGGCGUGACCACACCCACGCGCAGGACAAUAGACAUGGGCGUUGUUCGAAGACACGACACCAGGAAACGCCGAGCCAAUCGUAGGAAUGGUCAUUAUACAACGCCCCCGGGACGGGUCCCCACCCCUGUCAAGAACAGUGGAAACAAAUCUGAAGAUAUCCCAUGGCAUAGAGUGAAGAGAAAGCUACAUUUUGGACGAGUACCCCCCAGACCGAGGUCGAACUCAAGCUCGCUGCCUGCCCGGCCUUCGAGAAUUCAAAAGAGGGAAGCUCCUCCAAGAAAGUCUAUCGGUGGAGGUGUGGCUCAUAAACUGGGGUUGUCACGGGAACUGCACCACCUUCUCAACAUGACGUCAGCUUAUGUUGUACCUGUACGACUUCGAUCAACCUUUAAAACUUGGGGCAAUUGUCAUGUAGAGAAAACAAAGCAGUAUGGAUGUAAACUACAUUCAUCACACGAACUCACAAAUCUAAAAAUCACUGAUAAGGAUUCAACACAUACACAAAUCUCCAGAAGUCUGCGAAUCUCAAGGAGAAAUCAGAAGAAUGCUUACAGAAUUCAUCCUUCCCGGGAACAAACUAGUCUAGUGAAACCACCUGGCCGGAGCCGACCGAAAACUCGCUAGUCUCACUGGGAGUGAGUGGAUGGUGUAGGAUGGAACUGGUGCUGAACGUGUUUUAAAGCUAUACAUGUACCAGACUUUAAGAAAAAAAUAUAGAUCGUGUUUGUUUUUAAAAUGAGAUUUUUGUGUCUUUGUUUCAAGGUACGUUUAACGCUGAUUUCUUUUCCAAAUCUUAAGAAUUUCAUGAAAUGUAUUUAGAUUAUAUUCUGAUAUGAACAUGUACAUGUAUAUUAAAAUCCCCUUCCGGUUCAUAUACAUCGGCUGGCGCUUGCAUCAUCAACAUGUAAUUAGAUUCAAUUUUGCAGGUUUAUGGAUUACGAAUUUCCUUUUUGUUUUCUCAAAACCCUCCCCAAAAUGCAAAUGUUGCGGACUUAUUAACUUUUUCUAAUAUCCAGGUUAGUUUUUAGAAGAAACCAAAAUGCAAAGUGCUACCUAAAACUAAAACGGUUUUUGCACAAAGAGUGCGUUUGAUAAGUUCAAACUUUAAACAAUAAGUGUUUUCUAUUUGACCCCUUUGUUACAUUAUAUACAACGUCUGUAUACAGAUAUGGUUUGUUAUAUUGUUAAGAUAUAUUUACAAGGUAUAUUUGUUGUUUAAUUAGUGAUUACAAUGUAGAAAUGUUUGCCAUUAUUUUCUUUUUUUUCUUAAUCUGAGGUUUUAGUCUGUAUAUAUUAUGAAGUCACAAAGAAAAGCUGCCAUUUAUGUUAGUUGGGAAAUCUUGCAUGACCAUUGAUGUUACACUGAUAUUCAUCAGUUGAUU